GCCCACCUGUCGCAUUUUCGUUUUAAACCCAAUUUGAGGUCUACACGACUUUUGCGACAUACCCUUGAAGUGUUUCCUAAUAGCUACCUUGAAUUGAAGUAUUUGGUAGUAGCAAACAUCAUUUGCUUAGUUAUGAAAGUUCCAACAUAUUUUUAAUGAACGUCGAGAAAAAGUGAGAGGUGUGGAGCAUAUUACUGUUUCGCGUCGCGGCGCCGUUUGAUGCGUUGGGAUAAUUUGGGUGCUCAGUGCAAAACUUUCAUGUGACGGUAACGGGUGUCGAGAAGAUAAGCCAUGGAGGUCUGCUGGAGGUCUUCGUGGCAAAUUUGGAUUUUGUUUGGUGUAUUGAUACUCUCCGCACGUUUGCAGGGCGUGCGAGGUGAAUUGGAAGCAGAGGGCCCCUCAGAAUCAGAAUGUCGUCCACAUAUCGAAAAAGCAUUGAAGCAACUGGAAGCUGCCGACAACGUAGACAUUACGGAUAGUACGGAAGAGAUUCCAACGAUAGAAAUAUCUGAUGAUUCGACUCUAAAUGAUGGCGACGACGAGGACUAUCAAUCGAUUACGACUAACAGUGACAUCCUCUCAAGUCCGUAUGAGGAAACCCCCCAAAACAAUUUAAACGACAAUGAUGAAGAUGACGAUGAUGACGACGAGGAUAACGAUAAUGACUCAAAGAACAAUGACAGCAGUACAGAAUCGGAAGAGCCGGUUGUUAGUAAAGAAAAUGGGUACGCCGAAUACGAGCACACGUCCGAACAAAUGCCGGAAGAAAGUACCGAGGCUGAUGAUGGUUUAGACUCGUUCCCUCUCGAAAGUGAUGUUGACUCGAUAUAUGAAACACGAAAUGAAUAUGAACAGCCGACAGAAAUAGAAACUGACGAGCCCGCAGAAGAAGAGGAAGAACAACACGCAGAAGAAGAGGAAGAACAACAGGCAGAGGAAGAAGAAGAACAACAGGCAGAGGAAGAGGAAGAACAACAAGCAGAGGAAGAGGAGGAACAAGCAGAAGUAGAAGACGAAAAAGGAUUAGUAGAAGAACCAGAAGAAGAAGAUGAAGCUCUUCCUAGUAGCAAGGAGCAAGAUCAAUUGAACGAUGAUGACGAAAAGGACUUAUCGAAAGAAGGAGCUGGAGAAGUGAUAGACGAAAAUGUUGAGGAAGAUAACGAAGAGAUUUCGAAUGACGACAAAGAGGACGACAAUGAUAACUUAGACGACUUAUCCAUCUAUGUGGAAGAGCGGAUUAUUGAAGAAAUAUCAAACGAUGAUCCUCAAUCGAGAGAAAGUGAAGAUAGCGCAGAAAAGCAAGUUGAAACUGAAACCAUAGAUGAAGUCGAAUCUGAAAUUGAAAAAAGUAGUGAACCGACUGAAACUGAAUCGGCAGAAGUUAUUGCCGAAAGUAUACAAAGGACGAUCGAUGUUGCCGAAGAACCGAAAGACGACGAAACUGUAGAAGAGAACGAGGCCGUUGAAGAAUCCGUGGAAAUGGGCGAUCAGGAAUCUGUUGUUGAAGAACUUAUAGAAGAUGAUGAAGAAGAAGUAGAACUUAGACCACGAGACCAUGUAGCUCAACUGCUUAAAUUAGGUACAGAAUCGGAAGACUUUGAUAAAGUUUCUGAAAAAAAUUCCGAAAUAUUGCUGAGGGACCUUAAAAAGUUAUACGAAAAUGCAAUCAGACCUUUAGAAACACUUUACAAGUAUAGAGAUCUCAGUAAUAGGCAUUUCGGAGAUUCAGAAAUAUUUUCUAAACCACUCAUACUGUUUAUGGGACCCUGGAGUGGAGGAAAAUCGACCAUUAUUAAUUAUUUAUUGGAUAUUGAAAACAAAGAAAUAAAUUUACACACAGGCGCCGAACCUUCUCCCGCAUAUUUCAAUAUUUUAAUGUACGGUGAAGAACCCGAAAUCCUAGACGGUACAGAAUUAGCAGCAGAUUAUACGUUUUCGGGUUUACAAAAAUUUGGACAGGGUCUCGAAGAACGUUUGAAAGGUUACAAGAUUCCCAGUAAACUAUUAGAAAAGGUAAACAUAGUCGAAAUACCUGGCAUACUUGAAGUUCGUAAACAAGUUUCUAGGAUAUUUCCUUUCAACGACGCGUGUCAAUGGUUUAUUGACAGAGCGGAUAUAAUAUUUCUGGUAUACGAUCCGUCAAAAUUAGACGUCGGACCGGAAACUGAAGCUAUUUUGGACCAACUCAAAGGUCGCGAGCAUCAGACACGUAUACUAUUAAACAAAGCCGAUCAAGUGAAACCAGAAGAACUAAUGCGAGUUCAAGGCGCAUUAAUAUGGAACAUUUCGCCAUUGAUGUCUUCGGCUCAACCACCUGUAAUGUACACGACAUCUCUUUGGUCACGACCAUAUGAACAGUGGGCCCCCGUUCGACUUCUUCAAGCACAGGAACGUGCUUUCUUGAGAGACUUACGCACGGCAAUCGAUAAGAGGAUUGACAACAAAAUAGCAAGCGCGCGAAGGUUUGCGGUACGCGUUCGGAAUCAUGCAAAAAUGGUGGAUUGCUAUUUAACAACUUAUUACAAUCAUAAAUCGGUAUUUGGAAAUCGAAAACAGGUAUCCGACGAAAUCAUUAAUCAUCCUCAAGACUACCAUAUAUACGAAGGUCUUUCGACACUUACCAACAUCUCACGUUACGAUUUACCAGAUCCCGACGUUUACAAAGAUUUCUUCCGAUUGAAUGCCUUAUACGAUUUCCAGCAAUUAUCAUCAACCUGUACGUACUUCCGGGGAUGUCCCAUUAACCGGUUGGAUGUAGCGAUAGCUUAUGAUCUUCCGGAGCUGGUCGGAAAACAUAAGCGCCUUACAGAAACUGCCUUCAGUGAGACGGUGGCGGCCACAAAAACACCAAUAAGCUGAACACAGGAGAACUUUUAAGGACCAAAUCAAAUUCAUCAUAAUCAACGGCACAAGCACGUUAUUCUUUUUUAUGUUUAUUUUUCUAACGCCCGUUUUCAUAAUUCAAUUAAUGAAGUAACUUUAAGUACAGAGUCGCUUUGACAUUUAAGGUAGUACCGUUAAAAUAACGGAACAAGUGUGAAUAUUAGGUAGGUAAUAAUCAUCAAGAUUAAUUACGAAAACUGGCGUAAGUCCUACUGCGUGAUGUUAAUCAACGUUGAAGUGUACAGACAAUCAACUCCGCUUCUAGUUUUCAAUCAUUUGUGUUAAUCGCAUUUAAGAGUUCUUGCAAUCGGACUGUUUAGUUAAAGAGGUAUACCCGUAUGCAUGUGUUCCAUGAGAAUUUAAGUAAGGUUUUUUGACACCAGGUGUAUAAUUCCUUAAUAGUUGUACGAAAUAUAAAUAUGGCAAUAUUUCUAUAAGUAUAUAUGUAAAAAAGCGAAUGUUUAUUAGUUUAUUAUUUCGUCUAAGCGUAUUUAGAUUUAUAAUCGAGGUGUUUGCAAAUUCUGAAGACAUAGUUUAAGUUAUUGUAAUUGUAACGCGCCGUAGAGGUAGUACCUACAUGCCGAUUUGUAUCACUUAUAUAUUAUGUAACUGAUGCACGUAUCAUCCUAAACCAUUAUUCGAUAUGCCUAAUUUACAUUAAUAAAAAAAUUAUGUUCUU